AUGGAUUCAUUGGCCACCUUGCCUCCCCCUUUACGCUUCCCUGGUGACCCCUUGUCUCCAGAUGCCUCAAUCCCUUCCCAGAGCGGCCCCCACAGGUCCCACAUGAAGAAAAACGCCGGUGGAGGGAUUCAAUCCCCAGUGAUGUUGUCCAGUCUGUCAAAAGCCUCUUGUAGUAGCACUUCCACAUCUUGA